AUGCUGAGUGAGCGCAACGAAAAAGUGACCGUUCCACAGGUGACAGAGCCUGUGCCCACGAUCGGCGAGCUCGGCCCGUGGACCCUCACUGUAGAAUCACACGGCUCAUCGUCCAAUGACUCGGUCGAGUCAGCCGUUGAAACCAUCGAUGUUGGCACCCUACAGAGGCUGGUGUCAUGGACGCAGAUCCCGCAGCUGGCUCAUAUCAGCGGCGUGGGCACGCAGAGGACCAGCUUCGACUUUGCCGCCGGUGGGAACGACACCACAGACAAUCUCGCGCUGCGCCUCAACUUUGGUCCCAUCAGAGAUACAAUACGCGCGUGGGUCAAUGAGCAGCAGUUGCUCCCGCUCGACCUGACCAAUGCCGUCGCCGACGUGAGCAAGUACCUCGCGAGCGGCAGCAACUGCGUGCGGUUCGAGGUCACGAGUUCGCUUUUCAACGGGCUCAAGACGCGCGGGCGCGAAGCACUCACGAGUACUUCACUGGGACCGCGCAAUCCGGAGCUGAUCAGCGGACUUGACUUUGACGAGGCUGGAUUGAUUGGACCGCUUACGGGCCAGAUACUGCGCCGGGUGACCGUGGUCUCAGGCAGAUACCUUGUGCUCUUAUUAUGA